UGCAAGGAUUUUGGAUCACGUGACCUGUGAUUUAUACGUUACCAGGCGCUAUUGUAUUUUUAUUUAUAUUUAAAGUGACCAAAAUGGUAAUAACUCAAAACAUACAAUGAGUGAAUCAGACUGAUAAUGAGGUUGAAAACGGACGAAGUCUGUGUGUAGAGGUUCGUUUUCACCAUAAUUGAAACGGAACCCUAAAAAUGAUCUCGAGGUGACAUACAAUUUGACAGCACAUAGUAUGCCAAGUCUAGAAAAAUAGAUCAAGAACGACAGUUCUUCGCUGUUUUUUGUUGGGAAAUGUUGUAAAUUAUUUUUAUUACUAAUAUAAUUUCCUGGUGUGAGUUUCGUCAUUUUACAAUUGUAGAGACGUAUUACGGAUGUAAUUUAUAUUUAAUUAACUGAAUUAAAAAAAAUACAUAUUCAGUCGGCAGGAAAUAUUGUCAACAAAAUCUGACAAAAAUACAAAGAAUUACAUUCGCCCAAAAUUUUCGGUAAAAUAAAAAUGUCACUGUCCUGUUUACCUUUAUUUUUAAAAGGUGAAGUAGUAAAAGGGUUCGGAAGAGGAUCAAAGGAUUUAGGUUGUCCUACAGCAAAUUACUCACGCGAGGUGGUACAGACACUACCCAAUGAUUUGAAGCCUGGUGUUUACUAUGGCUGGGCCAAAGUUAAUUCUACACCCGUUCAAAAGAUGGUUGCCAACGUCGGCUGGUGCCCUUUCUAUCAAAAUCAGGAAUUGUCUGUGGAAACUCACGUGAUGCACGACUUUGGGAGGGAUUUCUACGGAUCAAAUUUGAAAAUAUGUAUGGUUGGUUAUUUGAGACCAGAGAUGAAUUUCAAUUCUGUGGAUAGUUUGAUAGAAACUAUCAAAAAUGACAUUAAAAAUGCGGAUGAGCUGCUAGACGUUCCAGAGGCAAUUAAAUUGAAAGAUCAUGACUUCUUUACUGAUCAAUGAUACAUUCAUUAGGUCUAGGAAAAUUAUGUUUUUUUUUUUCGUUAAUUGUUAUUGGAUUUAAAUCCAAGCUGUACAAAUAUAGUGUUAUCUUAUUAUUAAAUAUAUUUUUUUAUACGAAUGUUAUAAA